CUUUCCUUCCCUUGACUUCUCAUUGAGUGACUCUUCCAACGCAUCGAGUUCAGCCGUCGCGGGAGCAAAGUAGCAGGCUCAUCUUUGUGGAUUCGGGCCUAAGUGCUGUGGCGGGAUCCGCUGUGAUGGGUACAGUACCUGUCGAGACGAUGAAGGGCUUGGCGAAUACCCGUCAUCCUCAUCCUCGUCCUCGUCUAGUCUAAUUCUGGUUUCUUUCUGGUCGGGGGUCGAUGUGCGAUAGAUGCGCUCUCUGCUGAGACUGGCAGUAGUAACGUGGGGCACUAACGAUUGAUUACCCUCUGUACGGAAAUAAACGAGCCAGUCAUUUCUGUUCCUUCUGUCUUCCUUCUCUCCAUCGGUUCGAUGAAUAUUACCCUUUUGUAAACCUCAAGAUCCUACCUAUUUGACUCGACUCGACUCGACAAACCUAAACUCAACUCAACUCUCAAAACCCUCCGCAUCCCUCCCCCCCUCCCCCUCUACAUCUAAGUUUUUGGCUUCUCAUCCUUCCACCAGUCAAGGUCCUUUUCAUUCGACGGUACAAGUAUACCUAUCCUUACUGGCAUCAGCACUUAUAGUGCGGAGUACAUACAUCAUCAACUCGAAGGUGCCUACUGUACCUAGGUAACAGCACGACUUUCGUUUUCCAAGAAGGCCAAGUGCAUGGCCUGGCGCUGCUAUUCACAACGCUCACACUCAGCGCAGCGGCAACUCGAACCGUAUCCCAAACUCUCGUGACGCUUCGGCCAGCUUCAAGGAGCACAAGACCGAUAUGGCCACCACAUAUUCCCUUGCCCGGCAGGGACUGGGCGGCAGCGCCCUUUUCCCAUUUCUCCAGAAUGGCUUGGCCGACUCCGAUCGCAGUAUCGACAGAAUGCAGCAGGAUGAUCCGCUUGCGACUCAGGUCUGGAAAUUCUUCGCGAGGACCAAGCACCAGCUCCCUAGCCAGCACCGCAUGGAGAAUCUGACUUGGCGUAUGAUGGCUCUCAACAUACGCAGGCACAAGGAAGAGCAGCAGCAGAGGCAAGACGAGGCGGAUGCUCGAAGAAAAAAGAACAUGGACGCCAACAGCCGGCUUGGACGCCCAAUGAUGCAAAGCUCUCCCAGCGGCAUUGCCCAACUGAGAAAGUCUUCUGAAAACAAUCUGGCUCAACCUGAUGCCAUGAAUCUUGACGACUUCAUUUUUUCUGACAAUUCUGGCUCGCCUAUCAACUUUGCGUCUCCUGAAGGCGAUAAAAUGGUUGACGAUAGGUCGGGCAGCUCAAUGGCGUCGGCCAUCCCAAUCAAAUCCCGCAAGGAACCAUCUCUCCAGAAUUUUGUCCCACAGUCGGUCCCCGUCCAGCCAGCUCACCAGGCUGCUCAGGGUAGCGAAUUCAACUAUGUCAACCGACAUCUUCGAAAAACGAGCAUCGAUGAUCGCAGGACUCGAAAGCGACCUGCUAAUUUCUCCCCCCAAGUCCCAGCUGUCAACAGCACUGCCGCGCAGAAUGACCUGGAUCUUGAUUCAGAGUUGCAUGACUAUUCCCUAGACCAGCCCAACCAGGCCGGCAUCCCUCAGCAGUCUAAUGGCAGUAAUGUUCCCUUCAACCUCGAUACUUUUAUGGAAAAUGACUCCAUGGUCAACAAUGGAAAUUUCCAGCAGAACUUCUCAUUUUCUCCUUCGACAUCACCUAUGAUACCCCAUGGUCCCUUUUCUGGCAUGUACCACAAUUCAUCUGUCCCUUCAGCAUCUAUGAGCAGCAACAACAACAACAACAACAAUAGCGACUUUUAUUCGCCACCAGCGUCUGCGUACCCCUCGAAUGUCUCGACUCCUCAUCCUGUGCCAGAGCAGGAAGGGUUCUAUUUUGGAUCUCAAGAUGCGCGAGCGCAGCGUCCACAGGGUUUUCAGCAGAGCAUUGGCAGUAUGCUUAGCCAACAGUUCAUGUAUGGUGGCUCGAACGGCAACAGCGGCAGCACUAUGUUCUCUGCUCCAGGCACUGCAUCGGAGUCAAUGUCAGCAUAUAGCACUGCCCCCAGCUCAUUUGGGCAUAUCGACCCUUCUCAGGUGUUCCAGAGUGAACAAGCUGUCACUUCACCAACGAUUCAGAUGCCGCAAGAUAACAUGUUUUCUUUUGGAGCCGACUCCGAUGAUGAGGACAACAACGCAUUUGCUGAUCGUAAUGUUUCAAUGCAAAAGGAUAUGUCUUCAUCACUUGACGAGUCAGGAGCGAUGGGCUGGGAUGCCAGCCUACCAGGCCAGUUCAGCACCCAAGCAGCUCGUUUCCCCGGCGGACCUACUCGCAAGCAGGUGAUGAUUGGAGGAACAACAACUGAUUUUGUCGACAAUAACGGAGACUGGGAAUCGAACGGCCUUGAGCGAUCCCAGUCACAGUCUUUCAGAGGAGGAAACCUCAGAAGACAGCAUCCUAAAUUACCGCGAAAUGCAUCUACGCCAGUUCACUUUGGCGGACAGCAGAAUGGUUUUGAGCAGCUUGCACAGUCGAUGCAAAGCUCUCCUUCUGGUGAUGGAAACGGGACCAUGUCAGGAUUCUCAUCUGUGGCUCCAAGCAGACCAUCUUCGCCUCCCAUGUCAAAGCAGGGCUCAACCACCAACUUGCAGUCAGCUGCCGGUAACGGGAACGACGGAAAUGCUCCGACCACGUGUACGAACUGUUUCACCCAGACAACGCCUUUAUGGAGGCGAAACCCUGAAGGUCAGCCACUGUGUAACGCCUGUGGUCUUUUCCUGAAGUUGCACGGCGUGGUGAGGCCGUUGAGUUUGAAGACGGACGUUAUCAAGAAGCGAAACCGUGGUUCCGGGACCAAUGUACCUGUUGGUGGGAGCAGUACGAGGUCUAAGAAGACGGCGAGUGCCCUGAACUCUCGCAAAAACUCGACCUUGUCGAUGUCCACUGCGACAGCAAAUAGCACCAAACCAAACAGCAACAACCCGACGCCCAAAGUAACGACACCACCUGCUACUAGUCAACCCGCUAGCAGUAAGGAUAUCGAUAGCCCAGUAAGUGGUACUACAUCGGGUGCCAACACCGCUGGAAGCACUCCAAACAGCCAUUUUGCUGGUCCAGGACCCUCUUCCGGUGCUGUGGGUGGUAAAGGGGUUGUCCCCAUCGCGGCUGCGCCCCCAAAGACUAGCCCUGGACCUGGUGCCUCAUCAAUGUCGAUGCAGCGUCCCGCCACUGCUUCUUCAAAACGGCAACGCCGCCACAGUAAGAGCAUUGGAGGAGAUGUGCCAGUGUCGAUGGAUAUCGACAGUCCCGAUUCAACCAGCUCUAUUGACGGCCCGCGUCCCUUUGGCUCCUCAGCUGGACUCUCGAGCUUGCCUGGUGGCAUGUCCGCCAGUAGCUUCAACUUGAACCAGCGACCCAGUACGCUAGGGUCGGCUACCGGCAUGAUCAGCAUGUCUGGUGGGCAAACGAGCUCGUUGAUUGGUAGCUCUGCCGGUCCUCAGGAAUGGGAAUGGCUGACGAUGAGUCUGUGAUCGCAACAGCACAGAAUCAAAUAGCUUUGAUAAUAAUGAUGGAGAUUUUGGGAACUUCACCUUGAACGACGGUACAAAUUUUGCGAACGAUGCGCUUGGACGAAAUGGGGCAUGAUUUCAGGGCGUUUUAGAUGGUGGCGUUUUCUAUGAGACUUGAUCAUAUGACGGAUUGAUACCUUACUUGGAUACUUGCGGCGGAUCGUACCGCUACCGAUGUUGCUGGAGUUAUAUGGGAGGGAAUGGCCUUUGAUAUGUGGUUAUUACUGGGUAAUCAUGCACAUGCCGAAACCUGCAUGUUGUCAAGAAAUGGCGCAGUUGUCACGACAAUUUUCCAAUAUCCCGACGUCUCCUUAUAGAUCUGACGAUUGGCCGAGGGUUUCCAAUUUUUAUUAUUAUUUUAUAGAUGGCCUGGAAACAAGCGAAUGGGAGGGUUUCUGAUGGUGCAAAUUUGAUGGAUGGGACAGGAUUUCGCAACGAACACACCCUCUGAAAGAGGUUUGAUGAUACCACUCAAGUCUAUUAUAUACUUCUUGUUCAUUCUCUCACAAAUCCUUUCUUCCUUGCUUGCCCUCGUACGAUAAAUCAAUGGAACCCUCCCAAUAGGUUUGAGAAUGCUUGGGACCAGCUCCACGAGAAAACAGAUCGAGCGUCUCGAGUCUUAACUGCAUGUCCUUGUGACUUCGAUUCCCGAGUCAAUAGAUACUUAAGUGGCCAGUGUCAUGUUAGGUUGGUUGGCAUAUGUGGUUAACAUAAAGGCGAACAUGCUCUCACAAAACGGUCUUGUCAAGUCAAAAUUAGUUGCUCGUUAGGUCGCAGAACCAAUACGAAGGUAUUGCCAUUUCUAUCUUCGGAAUGCCCCUGGCCUCAUACCUGCCAAAGCCAGGAGGGAAACUAUUCUCAAAACAUACAUACAUAACCUUAACUAUCGUAGGCUGGACUGCCUGACAACUCGCAGGCUUCAUACCAGCAGACCGUGCAUACAAAAACCUGGUCCGUAUAGAACUCCUGCCUGCCGAAAAUGAAUAACACAAAAACAGAG